AUGCUUGAAUCGUUAGUUGCUAAUGUUUUGAAUCGCGUUCUUGGUGCAUAUGUUUCUAAUCUCGAAGAUAAUCAACUAAACAUUGCAAUAUGGACAGGAUAUCUUGGGGAAUUAACCUUGAAUAUUCCUUGGUCAAAUUUAAAAAAUAAGCCAGUUAAAGUUUUUAUAAAUAAUGUUUAUCUUUUAGCUAAUCCAAAAGCUGAUACAGAGUAUGAUCCUGAAGAAGAACAAAAAAAAGCUCAACAAGUCAAACAAGAAAAAUUAGCAAAUGCUGAAUUACUUCAGUCUAAUCCAUCUGGAACAUCUGAAGAGGAUGAUCAAAAAAACCAAUCUUUUGUAAAUCAACUUGUUACCAAGAUUGUAGACAAUCUACAAAUUUCUAUUAAUAAUAUUCAUAUUAGAUAUGAAGAUAAAUUAAGUGAUCCUGAGCAUCCAUUUUCAAUAGGACUUACAUUGUCCGAAUUUUCAGCUCUUUCAACAGAUGAAAAUUGGACACCUACUUUUAUUGAAGAUGAAACUAAACCAAUUCAUAAAUUAAUUACAUUAGGAUCGUUAGCUGCAUAUUGGAACACAGAUUCAAGAUCUUUAUCUGACAAGAGAGUUCCACAAGAACACCAAUAUAUUUUAAAACCUGUAUCAGGAACUGGAAGAGUUAUAUUGAACAAACAUUUUGAUGUUAAGACUCCUAAAACUAUUGUAACGUUAUUAUUUGAUGAACUUGGAUUUGUCUUGGAUGAUGAACAAUACAGGGACGCCUUAUUAAUGUAUCGAAAAUUCAGACCUCCAAAAGAAGUGACACCAAAACAAAAUCCAAGAGCAUGGCUUCAAUUUGCAGGAAAUUGUAUACUUUCUGAGAUUCGUGAACGUAAUCGAAAAUUGACUUGGGAAUAUUUUGCUGAAAGACGUGAUGACCGUUGUGCAUAUGUUAAACUUUAUAAAGAUAAACGACUUGAUCAUUUAACGCCUGCGCAACUUGAAAUAAAGCUUAGUUAUGAAGACAUAAGGUUUUAUCGAUCAAUUGCCAAAUCUCAAUUGAAAAAAGAAAGGGCAUUAAUAGAUAAAAUUAAAAAAGAAAGACAAGAAAAACAAACCGUGAGUCAACCAUCAGACGGUGGCUGGUUUAGUAGCUGGUGGUAUGGUGGUCAAGAAACAAGUGUAUGGAUUUAUUAUGUUAUUUGA